GUUUGAAGAUUUUAGAAGUAAGAAGCUGUAUCUCAUGUCAGCAUGUCUUGUGCUUUUGCCUGGCUCAUCCUUGUUCUCUCUCACACAGCCCUGGCUGGAAAAGGAGAGAACAGACUAGUGCGCCUAAAGGAAGGUGAAUCUUUCACCAUCAGCUGCAACCCCAGUAUAAAGCCACAAGAGUCCCUAAUCCUGCGUGCCCGCCUGGAUAAAAACGAGACCCAAGUGUUAAACCUUGAUCUGAACACAAAGACAUUCACCACAAUACCUGUACUUAAACACAGACUGAGCUACACUGAGAAUGGAGACUCUUACAAUUUGUUGAUCACCAUUUCAAACCUGACGGUAGAGGACACAAAAAUCUACUGGUGUGAAUACAGCCUUUUUGAUCGAGGAAAUAUCCUCAUGACAGACGGUGGGGAGUCUGUCCUGCUGGUGGUGGACGGUACGUGUUCUGCUGCAGCUACAGAUCAAUGUGAUGCCACUAAGGCUUCAUCUUUAAGCACGUAUUUGCUCUUUGGGUUGGCCUCGAUCUUCUGCACACUGCUCUUAAUUGGCCUCAUCGUCUACAUCUGCCCCAAGAAAAAGGCCAGGCGGGCCAAGAAGAGAGUGUCCCCAACUAGGACCAACGAUGUCUACGAGGACAUGCGGGCCACAAUCAGACGUUAGAGAUCAUACUGGAGACAUCUCAAUGUCAGACAAACCCUUCAGUUGACUGGCGCAAAACAGUGGUUUAGCAUUAACUAUCAAAAUCUUCCUCCAAAGUAUGUUUCCAUGUACUGAAGUAAUCUAGGGUAAUGGAGCAUAGAUGUGUCUGCAAAUAAGGAAGCACGUGAAAGGAAUUUAAUGAUCUGUAUAUGGCUUGUGUUUUGACACAGUGUAUCUUUUCUCUGACUGAAUAUCUUGAAUUUGUAUUGACUGUAUUGUUAUUUUCUCCAAAACCAUUAUAUGUUAUACAAUGGUUAUAUAACAUAUAAUGGUUAUAUAUGGAGUCAGGUGGCUGAGCGGUGAGGGAAUCGAGCCAGUAAUCAUAAGGUCGCCAGUUUGAUUCCCGGCUGUGCCAAAUGACGUUGUGUCCUUGGGAAAGGCACUUCACCCUACUUUCCUUCGGGGGAAUGUCCCUGUACUUACUGUAAGCCGCUCUGGAUAAGAGUGUCUGCUAAAUGUAAAUAUGUGUAAAUAAAUAUGUAUAUAACCAUAAUAUGUUAUAUAACCAUAUAAAAAAAAAUAUAUAUAUAUUUUUUUUUCUCACCAAACUUAGUUUUUGGUCUGCCAUCAAAUGUAAUCAGUAACAAAAGUACACAGCACAAGCACAGGACACACUAGGUUAUUAAAGCACUUAUCUGCAUGUUAGAGCUGUCACAGUACCCUCCUGCCAUGCAGAUGGCACAGGGUUGGGCUUCAUUUAAGUCAACUCAGGCUUACUCAAAAUGUCAAAAUGCAAAUUGGAUGAAUCUAUUGCUUAUUAACAUGGGCUUUUUACUAGUUUUUUGUUCCCUCUCACCGUUUCAUGAAUAAAUAAUAAUUACAGUUUUUCCUUUG